AUGCAGGGCACAACACUGCUUCUUGUUGUCUUUGCCAUUGACUUGUCUGUAAGCAGGACAGCUUUUCUCUGUUAUAGAUUCUGUCGUGUUUAUUUAUUGCUUUCCUUCUACUGCUGUUUUGUGCUGACAAACACAGCCUGUGCCUCUCUACCAGCUUGCACAGACUCCAGCCUAUGGAGAAGUGCACAUAAGAACAGGAUAAACAUGGCUUUUAAGGGCGAGGACCACUUAGAUCCCCUUCCUUUACCUGUACAGCGCAUGCACUUAAUUCAGGUGGACUCGGUUCAGCGAUGGAUGGAAGAUUUGAAGUUGAUGACAGACUGUGAGUGCAUGUGUAUUCUCCAGUCCAAGCCAAUCAGCAAUGAGAAGGGUGAACAAAAUGAACUUAUGCUUUCCUCACAAUAUAGCACUUGUGAUAAUUUGCAUCUGCUGUUAAAAAGAGCUUGGAUCAUAAGUACAGAGUUGACUAGGAUUUCUCAAAAGCUGGAGAAGAAUAGAUGGCAGAGAGUCCACAGCAUGACAGUAAGAGUCAACUGCCAUGUGCGUUCAAUGAUAAAUGAAUAUAAUGCAUUCACCAGGAAUUCUUCAGAAGAGAUGCACCAGUUUGAAAACCUUUUAAUAGACAAGUGUUCAGAAUUUACAACAUUCACAGAAAGGUGCACACAAACUGAAGACCAACACAUACUGAAGUCCAUGAAAUCCUGUAUUAAUGAAACGCUCACAACCGUUGCUCAGUAUUUCGGCCAGUUGAUAGAACUGGUUUUAACACAUGAGGCACAGAACCUGCUGAAACAAAUAGAAUUGUCGGAUAGUACAUACAUCACUGAAUCAGCAAUUAAUAGUUUAUUCAGCCUUACCCAGGAAGGUGCUCAUCUGUGCCGUAUCAUAGCUAAGGAAGGAGGUGUAGUUGCUCUCUUUAAGAUCUGUCGGCAGGAUUGCUUCAGGUGCCUUUAUCCCCAGACACUGAGAACUUUGGCGUCUAUUUGCUGUGUAGAGGAAGGGAUGCACCAGCUGGAAAAGGUUGAUGGGAUACCGUGCCUGGCUGACAUUCUUACUGAUAACACUCAUUCUGAAGCUACUCAUGCAGAAGCAGCGGCAGUAAUUGCACAGAUCACAUCUCCACAUCUCACAUUCACUCAGCAUCUCAGUAGCUUUCUGGAAAAUAUGGAAGAAAUUGUAACAGCACUUGUCAAACUGUGCCAAGGAGCCUCAUCUGGGGAAGUUUUCCUGUUAGCUUCAGCAGCUCUUGCUAAUAUUACUUUCUUUGAUACCAUGGCUUGUGAAAUAUUGCUCCAGUUAAAUGCAAUGAAGAUUCUUCUAGAAGCGUGUUCAGACAAACACAUAGUUGAUACCCCAUAUUCCCGAGAUCAGGUGGUAACAAUAUUAGCAAACAUGUCUGUCUUGGACCAGUGUGCUUCAGAAAUCAUUCAAGGAAAUGGUGUUCAGCUUUUAAUGGAAAUGCUCUUUGAAAGAUCGUCUUCAGGAAAUUCAGCAGAAGUUGCUGCUUGUGAGCGAGUUCAGCAGAAAUCUGCAGUUACACUGGCACGACUCAGCCGAGACCCAGAAGUGGCGGAUGCAGCCAUAAAACUCAGCUGUAUUCCUCGCCUAAUUGAACUUUGCAGAUCACCGACUGAAAGAAAUAACAGUGAUUCUGUUUUGGUGGCAUGUCUGGCAGCCUUACGGAGAUUAGCAGUUAUGAGUCCUGAUGGACUUGAAGAUUCAGAUUUUCAGCAACUAGUAAAGCCCAGACUUGUGGAUUCCUUUCUGCUAUGCACAAAUAUGGAAGAGAGCUUUGUAUAAAUACAAACCAAAAACCUUUGAAAAAUAAUCAAUAUGAUAGGUAUAAAAUAAGAUAAUAGAUAUACAGUUUUAUUUAGUUUUAGUCCUAUUGUUAUUUAUGACUUAUUUAUUUUAAAGCAAUAAACAUGUAGUUUUUAGGGGUAAAGAAACAAAGUGAGCUAGCUAACUUGUUUCAGUGGUUUGUAAUGGUAGUUUUUAAAAUUUUAUUUUCCUGCCAAGACACAUCAACACACCUUACUACAGUCUAACAAAAUGUUGGUUUCUUGUUUAAUCUAGUUGGAUCAAGGUAAUCAAGCCAAGAAUUUGGUGCUCUGAUACUAAAUGCUUCUCAUAAUGUCUUAUCACGGAAAUUUUUCUACAGUUAGAACUUUUUGUAGCUGUUUUAAGAAACACUUGUCUCAUGCAUUUGCUGCAUUAGAAAAUACGUAACCUUUAAAACUGCAAGUAUAUACUUUGAAAGGAAAGGGAUGUUAUGAGAUGAGUCCUGUUCUUAACUGUUGAUAUUUAUCAAUAGAAUUAUGAAAAUACAUAAUUGUAAUUAGCUGAGAAAUAUUUUUAGAAAAUUUUUGAAUACUGUGUUGGAAUGAUGUUAGAGGUCAUUCUUAUGCUGUGGAAAUAUGUGCUUCAUUAGAAGAUAUACAUUUACAGAGAACUCUUUAAUUUCAUUUAAAAUUUCCUAAAUAUACUGGGAGAAUUCUAGAAAAAUAUUUAUGAAAUCAAGCACAUAUCAAAUCCACAUAAAAUUUCAAGUCGUUAUACCCCUAAUUUUUUCCCUCCUUUUCAAGGGUUCCAAGAACCGAAGUGAGCAUGUCCAGAUGUGUUUUAAUAUUUAAACUACUACUUAUGUGAAAAGUUGUACAUGCAUACAACAGAUAAUCAGAACAGAUAAAACAAUUGUAGCUUGAAUUUCCAUUUUCCUGUUUUUCUAACUAGUCAUGAAUUUAUAAAACUGUGAAAUGAGACUUUCAGACUUUUGAAGUUGAUGAAAGGAGAUUUUACCAAUGGAUAACAACAGAAAGAAUAAUAAUGAUUUUAAAAAUAAAUUUAUAUAUUUCAUGAACAUUCCUCUUAAAAUUUUCCUUUUUUUAAUCAAGAAACCAUAUAAAUUUAAAAUUACUCAACAAGCUAUACCUCAAGAGUCUUUUUCCCCUCAACUUCUCACAAAGCACUCUGUAGAUUAUGAAAGUAUAUGUAUUUUUUUUCUUGAUGGCUUGCAACUAUUGCUCUGGAUCAUUUUAUGAUCAGCAGCUUUAGGGUACCAGGACAUCUGCCAAAAAAGUAAGUACAUUUCUUCUUUACUGUACUUACUUUGUAGAUACAUUACACAACUUAAUUUAUGAAUGUUUAUUUAGCGUUAUGUGGUGUUUAGAUAAAAGGCACCAGGAAAUUUUUAAGCUGUGAUUGUGUUCCGCAUUUUCUGUGUCUCAGAAAUCUGUUCUGCUUCAAGCAGUCAUAAAUGGUGGCUACUUUUUUCUCCCCUUGAGUACACGGGUUAAUAAGUCUCUGCCCUAACAUUUCUUCCUUGUGAUCUCUUCAUUUAACUAUGAGCUCUGUCUUGACUGAAGUUUUAAAACAUUAGAAAAUAUACAGUGACCUCUGUCAUAAGCAACUACUCAAAGAUAAACACUGAGUCAGAUGUUUCACAGAUGUAAUUUUCUUGUAAGAGCAGAGAUUAAUUCUGCUUUGUUUGCUUAUUUUGAGACAGUUCCUUCAACUUAGAGGAUUGUUAAGAUGUAUGGUAUUGUACAGCUUUAAAAAUGUUAUAAGAAAUAUUAUACGAUAUCAUACACUUUCCUUACUAAGCAGAGAUAUAUGUAUGAACAGUGGACCUUGUAAAUGGUAAAAUCAAUGUCCUCGGUAUACACAAUGAACUCGUGUAUCUCAUAAAAAAUAAUUCUAUAAGGUCUCAUUGCUGUAAUGCUGUUAGUGUGAUAAUCCCUAAUAGAAUAUAACACAUCAAAUUCUGUUGUGAAUGUGCUGUACCAAAGCUCAUUCUAUCAUCUGCAACUAACAUCGGAGAUGAUAGUUUUUUGAUGAGAUGGGUUUUAUCCCAUAAUAGGUAAAGUUGAAAUCUCAGUUUAAAAAAUGUCCACACAUGUAAAGUGAUCUGAAGCAUCUAUUAAGAAAAUGCCAUUAUGACCCAUAAUGUUUUAAAGCCAUUCCUAACAGGUCAAUCAAACAUUCAGUGAGCAGGCAAGUAGUAAUGAAUGAGUCUAAAUUGCUCUCAGAUACAAUGAUGUGAAUCCGCAUCAAUCGAUUUUGCUACAAAUACUCUGUCUGUAAAUAUGUGGCCAUAAUUCUAGGCCAUACUGUCCAUUCAAAUGUAUUCAUAUUAUGGAGGUGGCAGUUUACAUUACAGAAAUGAAAUGCAUUUAGGUGGAUGUCAUAUUUGUAGAAAAAUAUGUCUUGAAAGAGACAGUUGAGACCUGUUAUCACCUAAGUGUCAUGAAAACCAUUUUUGCUAUUUCUGAAUUUUUCACCUAAAGCUGUGCACUUUAGUUUUGUGUAUGUUAAAGUUUAUGAGAAAAUACGCAUACCUCUUUCUUUCCUCUUAAUUAACUUGGAAAUAAAGAGCCAAGAAAAAUACCGAAAUAUUAUUUUGUCAUUACUUUGGAAUGAGUUCUGGACUAAAAAUAAUUGCUUUGAAAGUGGCAUUUCAGUUUUUAAAUUAAAAAAAAAAAAAAAAAAAGGAACGGUUUAAGCCAGAAUAAACAUGUUUAAUUUCAAUGUAUUAUGAAACAAGAUAUUUCAUGUCAAACGAUUUUCACUCAAACGUAUUUUGACAGAUCAGUCUUUGGAUUCCUUGGAUACAGUUAGUAGAGUGAGGUAGAGCAUAUGUGUAGUACAUUUACACAUUUCAAUUCAUAUGUGAACUCAUUGACAUAUAGAGACUACAUGUAGGUUAGAUGUUAGCUUAAUUGUUAAAAAUGAAUGUUAUGCUUGUCAAGAACAUUGUAGAUUCAUUUAAGCUUUUUGAACAUUUUAGAUUACAUAUGAGAGUAGAAAUGUUAGACAAAUAUGCAGUGAACUGCAGGAAUCUUUGUAACUUUGUUAUACAUUCCAACUGACUUUGGACAAUGUGUUCAUAUUUCAAAUAUUCAGGGAUCAGAUGUUUCAUUCAUAGAGUAAGUUUUCUUUUCUUGAUUUAUUGUGUGUUUGGUACAUGAAUAAUUUUUGAACUUUACUUGUCUGACCUGUUCUGUUUAAAAUAAUAGUUGUAUCUACAGGGGAAAAGAUAAUGUCUUGCGAAAUUGGAUGUCUUACCUAUUUUUUAGGGUUGCCUAUUAGUAUCCAAAUGAUGGAACUUGGUCUGAAGGGUGUCAUGUUGCCUCUGUACAAGACUGAUUCUCAUAUCUCUUACGACUUGUUCCAAAUAUGUAUGUUGAUCAUCUCCUUUUAAAUAACUGCAAUGAGAAGUCAAAAUAAGCUUUUGUAUUUUGAGAAAUUUGCUUUGAUAUUCAGUUUAAAUUUCUAUUAAAAUUAAUGUAUUUAAAGUAACACUCUAGACACUGUAAAUUUUUCAUUAGUAUUCUCAAAUUUAAGGGGAGGGAGAGAAAAUGGCAUUGAGCAUUGAAAGACAGGUCUAGAGCAAAUUUGUUCAUUAGUGUUGGAUGUGUUCAGCUGGCGGGGAAGUGAAUGAAUAGUUUCAGCCCUUGAUAGGUUAAAGAACCAGGAAUAAGGAAACCACAAGGACAUCUAUUUUAGGUAUUUACAUGAUUUGCAAAAAUCCUAUCUCUGUUUUCUAGUUUGCUCUUGGGUCUGAGUUUUCUUUCUAGUUAUGACAAAUUUCUGCAUCUUGGGAGUAUUAUUUGUAUAAUUGCUAGUUACAUGAAAAGAAGUGAAUUAAAUUCCAAGGUCUGGUCAUAUUAUAUUGUUAAGACUUUUGCUGAGAAAGUAAGUAACAAAAAUAGCUUGUUAAAUAAAAGCAUUCAUAUCACCUAGAGCAAAACAAAAUGUUUAUGGUUCCCAUGGCAGGAGGAAGAACCAGAACAUUCUUCAGAAAAUUUGACAGAAAGCAUAUGUUUAAUAGUCUGUUUCCAGGUACUGGUACUUUUACAAGCUGACUUGCUAAGUAAGAGUUUAUAAACUGAUUACUUCUUUGCCAAAUAAUCACUGAAUCAGAGCAAUAAGGGAAAAUCGCUAGAUCUACAAACAAACCACUGGGAAAUAAAAGAUUUUUCACUUUCCUUUUCAACAACGAACAGUGACUUUUUGUUUUAAUAAUUCAAGUGCACCUAAACCCCAAUGGAACCUAUGGGAAACCACUGCAUAGAAAAAGUAUAGCAGGCAAUACUGCUUGUUCACUUUAGAGAGAAAUUAAAAGGUAUCAAAAGGCUUAAAAAAACAUGAAGAAGGGGGUGUGUCUAAUGCAGUACCUUUUCUGCCACCAUUGAGAUCACCUCUGUCCCAAAGGUCUAACUGAAAGUACAGUGCUUGUACCCUUUUCUUCAGGAUUUCUGGAUAUUACAACUGUCGUUUAACUAGCUUUUGUCCAUGAACUCCAUAGCUGUUAGAAAAUAACCUAACAAUGACCUGUCUUCAAAGUAAUUGACUGGUUUUUGUGUAUAUAAAAUUUAGUCUGAACUUUUUUCAGUAGCACAUAAUGUAAAAUUCUUUUUGAGUUGUUGUGGAGGAUAUACUUAAUAAGAUAUGUCUGUUACAUGUGCUCAUCAGAUAAGGCAAAGUUUAUGAUAAAUUGAGAAGAGUUAUCUAA